AUGGCGCAAUUUGUCCGAAAUACUGUUGCCGGUGGCAAUUUUGAGACGCCAGAUAGCUCCUCGUGGGAUCAAAUAAGACAGCAAUAUGUUGCAGUGAAAAAAAUACCAGAGCCGUUCAGGACGCCUUCCACUACUCAAUAUAUUCUCAGAGAAAUCAAGUUGCUGAAGCACUUGCAACAUGAGAAUAUCGUCCGUCCGCUUGAUUUGUUCAUAUCUCCCACAGAAGACAUAUAUCUCGUCACGGACUUCAUGCAGACCGAUCUGCGUACGGUUAUGAACACGAAACCCAUUAGCCAUGAAUUUGUUCAGUUCUUCUUAUACCAGAUUAUGAGAGGACUGAAAUACGUUCAUUCAGCGGGCGUGAUUCACCGCGAUCUUAAACCCGAGAACAUCCUAAUCAAUGAAGAUUGUGAUCUCAAGAUAUGCGAUUUCGGGCUGACGCGAGUCCAAGAACUGCAGAUGACGAGCUACGUUUCAACCGGAUACUACCGAGCUCCAGAAGUCAUGUUGACUUGGCAGAGGUAUGGCGAACAGAUUGAUAUCUGGAGUGCAGGAUGCAUCUUUGCCGAAAUGCUGCUAGGGAAACCUCUUUUCGCAGAAAGGGGCCAUGUGGAACAAUUCUGUGCCAUUACAGAGUUGCUUGGAACACCCGAUGAGGGAUUCCUAGCCCGAAUAGCCUCAAAAAGCACCCUGAACCUCAUUCGGUCAUUCCCUCAGCGUCAGGCUAGAGGUGUCUCAAGCGUGUUCUCGGACGUGGAUCCAAAAGGUACGUUUGAUGUCCGUGCCAGUGGGUGGACUAUUUGUUUACAGAUUGCAGCGCUCGACCUCCUCGAACGAAUGCUAGUUUUCGACCCUUACUGUCGGAUUUCUGCAUCUAUUGCUCUUACCGCUCCAUAUCUUGUUUCCUAUCACGAUCCCACAGAUGAACCAGUGGCUAAAGACACGUUCGAUGAGACCUUUGACGGAUGUUAUUGUUCUCAUGAUUCCUGGAAGCAGAAGCUGUACGCUGAGGUAUUAGAAUAUCACAAACAAUCAGAGGCUCAGGAGUCUGUCAGAAAGUGGGCCCAGUCCGUCUCGAAAGCCCAAAACUGA